AUGAACACGUUUUUGUCCAUUCUUCUGCUUUUUUUCAUCGCUGUGCCCUUAGGGGCGCCACGAUACUAUGGUGGCUUGUCUAUGGAUGAUCUGAGUAAGUGAAUGACAGAGUUUCAAUGUCUCAACAAAUUGCUGACAAAGAAAUUCAAGUGAACUCUCGUCCUAAAUAUUAUCGAACAUGGUUGUUUAUUUUCAGUCCUCUCUGACAUAUCACCUACACGAGCGCCUAGCCCAACCAGAGCUACACGACCGCCUUCUCCAAUAAAUAUAUUCACUCCGCCUCCCUAUGAUCGCCUUCCUCCGGCCUAUCCUCCCGGUCCUCCUCCACCGUAUUCACGCUAUCCCCCGUCUGGUCCGCCUCCUCCGUAUGAUAAUGGUCCGGUUCCUCCACCGCACGACCCUCCGCCGUAUUCACCCUCUCGCUAUCCCUCUCCUCCACGUAAUCGACCAAACUAUCCUCCUGGUGGAUAUUGGGGGAAAUGAAAUUUUAAGGAGAGAAGAAAUUAAAAUGCAAACAAGCAGUCUUCUUGCAAUUCGCUGCAAUAAACAAAGAUUUUUUACUGCGUAUGAAUAUACUUCAUAUCAUAUCAUCUGAACCCGUAGAAUGCUGAUUAAAAACCUGAUUGCGAACUGUAAUGUCGCCGAAAUAAAGCAAUCGUGCAAAGCUGUAAACAUUCAUACUUUAGAACUGCCUUUUAUCGGACAGGGCCCAUUAUUUUGUCGUGAAAAUAAUGAGCCCUGUCCGUGCGACAACCGCGUCACCGUAAUGAGAAAUGCACAAUGUCCCAGAGAUACCGUCAACUGUGUCGUGCGCGACAGAGGGCUCAUUAUUUUUUCUGACACUAAUCGUUGAUCAGAGACUAAAAUUGUGUCGCAAUCAGAAUCUCUCAAUUUAGAUGACUUAGAAGCCCCAAAGUUCAGAUGGACUAUCACAUUUAAAACGAAUUAUUUUGAUUAAUAAAUGCGAUAUUUGCUCAAUAUAAUAGUUAAAUCAUACCAAUCCAGACAUUUUUGACAAGAUGAGAGGCUUUCUGUAUACCCUUGUGGCCUUUUUUGUGGUUAUAGUCUCAGCUGUCCCACAAUCCGAUGAUGAUUUAUCUAUGGAGGAUCUAGGUAAGUAAAAAACACACUCUUAAAAAGGUUCAUCAGUUUCACCAGUUUCUCUUACCCCAUUCCUUUUUAGAGCUCCGAGGCAACAAAUACACAACCACCUACUAUCCCGUCCCCGAUCAUAUUCGAUGGCACCCUAACCGUCCCUCUCCGUUACCUAUUUAUGAAUUCCCCGAGCAUCUCCCAUUCCAGGCUCCCGGUCGAGGUUUUGUUCCUCCCAUGAAUCCACCGCAAGCAGUGAUUCCUCCCCGUCGAAGCCCUCCUCCGCCCUUGCAAGGGCCCUUGAAUCCCCAGCUUCUUCCUCCGCCGUUCAUUCCUCCUCCUAAUAGUCCUCCCCCACGCCGUGACGGUUCUCCUCCGCCCAAUCCACAACCACCUCGUCCUGUUUCCCCCAAUCGUAACCGAUUCUGGUUUCCGCCCUAG